GGGGGUUGAGUUGGAAGCAGGGAGGGAAAGAGAGAGAGAGGCAGGCAGAGCGUAAGAGUGCUGAAAUCUCACACACUUUCCGAGCAGCGCUCCGCUAAUCUUUCGCAGGUCUUUAUAUACCCACGCUGUCAGGUUAAGUGGAAUACGCUACUCGCCGAGGUUUGAGGAGUUCCUCUUUACCGCUGGACUCUGCCUUUUGGUCAUCACCGCGCUUUGCUUUCUUCCAUUUCUGUGCGAUUUCUUUUUUUAAGUACCUGCCCCCUUUCUGGAGUAUCAAAACAGAACUGCGUCUUUCUCCGUAAAGUGCACAAAACACAAACACUGCUGGGGAUCUGCCGUUUCGACUCCUUUGCCGACCCCGAUCAUGGUGGGAAGGGGAUCUUGUAAGAGGCAGUUGCAGGCUGCUCUGCUCAGACUACUGUGCCUUAUUCCAACAGGACUCCCUGUCCGAAGCGUGGAUAUGCAGCGAACAACCGACAACAUCACAAUUCGCCAGGGUGAUACAGCGGUCAUAAGAUGUAUUGUUGAUGACAAAGUGUCCAAGGUAGCCUGGCUGAACCGGUCCAACAUUAUCUUUGCUGGGGAAGACAAAUGGUCGCUGGACCCCCGAGUGGACCUGGUGACUAAGGGCCAGGAGUACAGUCUCCGAAUUCAGAAAGUGGACGUGUACGAUGAGGGCCCUUACACGUGCUCCAUCCAGACGCAGCAGCUGCCUAAGACGUCUCAAGUGCACCUGAUUGUUCAAGUCCCCGCAAAUAUUUACAACAUUUCCGAAGACAUCCUUGUCAAUGAGGGAGAGAAUGUGUCACUGAGGUGUUUAGCCAAUGGCAGACCAGAGCCAAUUGUCAGCUGGAGGCUUCUUAAUCCAUCAGCUGAGCCACUUGAGAGUGAUGAGUUUGUGGAGAUCACAGGGAUAACAAGGUCCCAGGCUGGGAGAUACGAGUGUAAAGCCACCAAUGACGUAUCUACACCUGAUGUUAAAUACGUGAACAUCGUUGUCAACUAUCCACCCUUCAUCAAGGAUGUCAAGAGCUCUGAAACCCAGGUGGGACAUACAGGAGUCCUGCAGUGCAUUGCUUCAGCAGUGCCCACUCCGGAGUUUGCGUGGUACAGAGAUGAAAAGAGACUAUCCAAUACCCAGGGAAUUCAGAUCCAGAUCCUGGGAUUCCGCACUAUUCUGUUUGUGUCCAAUGUGACCGAGGAUGAUUACGGCAACUACACAUGUGUGGCGUCCAAUAAAAUGGGGAUUCACAAUGCCAGCCUAUUCCUAUACAAGGCUGUUUUACCCACUAUCAAAUACCCUGCUCGAGGACCGGGGACAGGGAAGGACAUUAACGGGUCGGCUUGCCUCGCCCAGUCCAUGUGGCUUCUACUGGCCUCCAUUGCCUGCCUUUUCUUCAAGUGUUAAUAAUACCACAAACCCAUCGUACGGAGUUACAUUGAGACUGUUUGUAUAACAACAACCUGCUGCGAUUAAGCGCAAUCAACAUGAGGAAAAAAAGAAUGGUCUAUUAAAAUAAUCCUUUAGUUAAACACAAAAACAAAACGGAUGAACAAAGGUUACUUAAGGAACAAACGGCGAUGUUCUUGAACUUCAGUUAUUGCAGGCUUUUUAUUUCCUUCAUUUUGCAAAAUCUUAGCACCGUGCUUUCCUGAUCCUUUCAGUUUUAUUUUAUUUGACUGGUUUAGAUUAAGAAGUAAAUUAAAGUAAUAAGAAAACAUGUUGUCAACUCAGAUAUGGCAGGGAAUUCAAGUCACGUACAGUAGCCAUGACUGACAGCUCAAAUCAUUGUGUUUUUUUAGUUUCAAAGGGGUAGAUCGUAGACAUUUAUUUUUAAACAAGGUGACUGCAGUCGUAAAUUCAGUCUCAUUCGCCUCCACGCAGUCAUUAGGUUUCUUUCCCAGUUUGUAAAGAGCAGUUGAGCAUCAAAAUGUUGUUAAUUUUAUGGAUAUACAUUUCUGUGAUGAUUUUUCUGCCUGUGGACCAUAUGAGAAAAGAUAAAGGCUACUAACUAAUGAGAGCAACUGAGAAGUUGAAUAAGAAGCAAAAUAGCAUCUAAACCCGCAUACAACAUACAGUAUUGUACUGGAAAGCAUUAUAGGACUGAAAGAAAAGAGUGAGGUUUUAAAAGAACAAUACUCUGGGCAUACAUUAGCCUAGUCAUAUAUCCUGAUUUAAAUAGAUGUAAAUAUUGUUGAAUAUAGCUCACUGAUGGUGCUUGUUAAGUAGUUCCUCACUUCAGAAAGGCCUCAUGUUUUAAUGCUCUAGAAAGCUGUGGGGCUGCAGCAUCUGUACGUGGAGAGUGAUUUGUGAUGCACAAAUAGACUAGCAUGGGACAAGCUGAGUGAUGUAUAUCUGAAUUGCACAUACUAUAGCCUAUUAUUUUAUUAACAGUGAGAUUCAUUCCUGUGAAGAGGGCUUGCAACAAUUAACAAUCCUGUACAGAAUUAAUUUGUAAAAAAAAAAGUUUUUAUUUGAAAAGCAAACAGGUUGUGACCAGUUUAAGAGCAGCAAUCCAUGUUAAAACAUUGACAAAAUUGCAGUUGUCAAAUUGCUGUAGAUAUUAAAGAAAAAGGCUAACAAUUCUGUGCAUUCUUCUCUGGCAAACUGUAUUUAAGCUUCUGAAAUUGCCUGCCAUAUUUGCUGUUGCUCCUUGAAAAUGCCUGCUAGUGCGGUGAAAUCGUCUUAAAACAGGUUAUUUGUAAGAAACCUAAAUUGGAAUGACGUACUGUAAACCCAUAAGAUAUCAGUGUAACCUACACUGUUCCCCUAUUACUCUCUACCUAGGACUUUUUACUUACUGAGAAUACUGAAGUUUUAAGGAAUGUUUUCCCCGUUUAUUCAUGUACAUAUUUGAAAACAAUGUCCAUAUAUACAAAUGAAAGAUUUAAUAUAUGUCCACAUUUCUGAUUAGGUUAGUACUAUGUUGAAGAUUAACCUUUAGUGGUCUAUGGUAGCAUAAUUUUGCACCAUCUGUUAACAGGUUGUAAGGAAUAACAUUUAAAAAUGGGAUUGCUGCAGUUAUGUUUUGUGCUUGUCAAAGUUGUACCUUUCAGAUUACAAGAAAAUCUGAUCUGGAUUAUCUGUUAAUCCAAUUGAAAGAAAUAAUACAUUAUACAGUAUAUGAUGCUGAGAAUAGUACCUGGCAUAGAUACAAUACAUCACAUUAAGUAUUAGCAUAAGUUUAUCAAAUGCCAGAAUAAACUGUGAAUAAAGUUGUUUCAAGUGUACAGCAGAGCCCUAUAUUGGUUAGGAAAAAUCUCUUGUUCUCUAAUUUCUGUCAAAAAGCAUUAUUCUAUAGAAGUGUAAAAUGUUUAUAAAAAUAAAGUAUCAUGAAUCUAUAUUCAAAACAAUGCACACAUAAUCUUUUUCAAACAAUGGCAAAUACAUAUUCACACAUACAUACACUUGCUCAAGAGGUUACUUACACCCAUAUCAUCCCUUGCCUGUAAAGCAAAAAGUCAAUCUCUAUUUUUCACCGAAUUUGCAAUUUAAGACAUGAAAUGCAAAUCUUUGCCUUAGACUUUCUUUACUGUCUGGAAGGCCAAAUUUGUUUAGCAUUUUCUCUGCAAAAAUAUUAGACUUUUCUCAAUUUAAAAAAUAAAUCCAAUCAAAAUGAGAGAAAAAUGAACGUACUUUUCUCUAAAUGUUCUUAAAAUGCAAAGAGAGGGGUUCACAAAAAAUACAAAACCUCCAGGUUUCAGUCUGAGCCUGGACUUAAAACUAUAAAAUAAUCAUUAGAGUGUUGAAUGUCAUACAGUACCUCUGUUUUACACAAUGUUGUCUUUGAAAUGGGGAUUUGAAAGAUAGAUCUCAAAUCCUGUCAUGGUCAUCUCCUUUUUUUCCCUAUUUUUCAUGUUGAACAAAAUUUUUGUUGACCUUUUAAAAGUUCUUGGAAGUAAAAUACUGUACUUAAGACCCUUUUCAUGAUUAAAAACAGGACUGUUUACAUUCAGUCUGAAUUAUUUUGAUACAGGAGUAAAGAAAAUACUGUAGUAUUUUUUUCCUUUAUGAAGUUAGCUAAAAAGUCUUACAAAGGUACAAAUGUUUAGGGCCCUGGAACAUGCAAAUAAAAAGAAAUGCAGAUUGUAGAUCUCAUUUGAAAAGUCCAGCUGUUUUGAAGGUGAAAGUUAUUUGUUAUUUAUCUGCUGUUUUCACAGCAUCUGUUUGAUUGUUUUGUUUCAGAUUCACAUGCUUAACAGUACAUUUCUCUAGUAGUUACAUUACAUGAUACUGCAGAGGGUGAUUGUAGAAAAAAAUAUAUAUAACGGAUUUUAAGAGAUGUUCAAACAAACCCCAUCUACUAUGUCUGUGUUUUUGUGAGUAUUCAUGUCUAGUAUUGAACUCUCUGUGUUUACAUGGAAGACCUCAAAUGUUAUGAGAGAAGAACAUGUAUCUGUCUUUUUACAUACAGUAUAUGUACAGUAUACAGUACAGUGUAUACAUGUGGCCUAACAGAACCCAUUUCGGGUAUGUUCCCUUUUCUUUAGAUAUUUGGAAAUUUUAUUGGUACAAAUAUUAUUUUCCCCACUUUAUUCUAUAAAUAAUACAUAUACAAAAUAAUGUAUUGUGAUGGUUUACUUAGUGGACAAGCAAAUGCAAGCAUGCAGUGUAUUGCAAAUCUUUAUUACAGUAAUGUAGAAUCUUCUGAAUCUCUAAUUCUCACCCUAAAUUCAAGUGUGUUGAAGUGCCAUCAUUUUUGCUUGGUUGUUACUUGCAGAGAAAUAUGAAGUAUGAAUAAAAUUAUUUUUACUCAUUUUCAAAACUGUCUCCACCCUCCCGACAUUAGCAAAAAAAUAAAUCCUUUAUUUUCUGCUUUUGGGUCACAAAGUGCACCCUCAUUAACGGCAGCGUUUGAGUGAUAAUUGUAUUGUGUGUAUCUGUGUAGUAACUAUUGCAGUAAUUGGAGGUAUGCUGCGUGACUGAGUGACCGAAGGUAUAUUUAUAUUAGUAUCUUGAUAUACCUGAUUACAUUUUAUUCUGCAUUAUGAGCCCUCUGUAAUGUAGUCUUUUAUUCAUGUGCUACACUACACUACUACCGUGAAAUAGUUUCUAUGUAGAAAACAUGCAAAUAAGCAUUGAAUUCAAAAAUAACUUGGAAUUUCAGUCAUAAGAACACCCGGUAUGUGGUAACGUUACAAAACGAAGAACAAACGUAAAAAUAACAGAACUGGUCUGAGAUUAUUAUGGAACCAAAUUUGACAGACUAAACAUCCAAAAAAUAGAUGCGUUUAAAACUAAUUUAAUGCAAAAUGUCUGUGGAGGCAGUUUUGAAAAGGACAUUUAUGUAAUUAUUUUCAGUGUAAUUCUUUCCCUUUUUGGUCUCUGGGUGUGAACUAUGGCUCCGAAGUGGAAGAAAAAUUAUUAGAGGCCAUAAAAUGUCUUUAUUUUGCUUUAUUCCUAAAAUAGAAUUAAUUAUAACAAUAUAUUAUGAUAUUAAUAAUAUGAAUAUUAUGAUCAGUUUGAGUUCUUUUUUGAGUGUAGGAUUAAGUCUUAUUUUGUCUUUUUUUUUAUUUUGGUUGAGCUAUGCAUAGCAUCUGUGAUUGGUGUAAAGCUUUUUUGAUAAUGAUAAUGGGACAUGGUCUCAAAAAACAGCUCUAGGGCCAAGCUGUCAGGAUGGCACUCUUCAACGCCCACAGUUUUGGACUUUACUGUUUGGGUAUUUUGUUUGCUGCGGCUUUCAAAGAUUUCCCCAGAAUGUUAAAUUCACAUUUCAGCUUUGCAUAGACCUGUAGCUAAUAAAUUCACGUUCUUUCUCCUGAAAUAUCGCAGUCAUCACAGAAAUAUUGGCAAAAUAGAUUUGUGAACUGCAGUUUGACAUUGCACAUAUUUCAGUAAUUUAUUUGGACAGAGUGUUUAGCUUCAAAGAAUGAUGAGUGUUACUCUUAUACUUUGCAUGACCAGCAUUGACAAAUAAUAUCAUCAGCAGACAUUCAGUUUUUCUCUUCUGCUAAUUUAUCGCUAAGCUAAGGAUUACAUACAGUAGCCAGUUUUAAUUUUUUUCUCUUUUUGAACUUAACUCUUAUAAAUUUAUUAAGAUUGUAACCUAAUAACUGAAUAAAUGAAACAUGAUUCUUUCUCUUGUAAAUGUAGAUUGUUUGGUAUAAAACUUGAUAUCUUCGAAAAACAAGCUUUGAGAACCACCUGAAUCAUGUUUGGUUUUAUAAUCGAUUUUAUUGUAAUGGGCUUAAUCCUCAUCAGUAUAAAGGUUUGGCUCCUACCAAAAGAAUAGUUUUUGAAACAGGUAGUCAGCGGUACAACAUCGAGUCUCUACUGCUACUGUAACAUAGCGCUGUUUUUUGUGUACCCUGACUGUGUCCCAGCAUCCUUUGCACAGUUUCUGUGAGAUUUUCUGUGUGAUGAAGAAUUUAUUCUGUAGAAAUAAUUGUGUAUAGCAGGAUGGAUAGCUGACUUAUAAAAUGUUGAUAUCUGGAGCAUGCUUUGACCAAUCAAGAAAAAAAUAUGCAGCUGUUAAUAAAUAAAAAGGGGUACUUUCAGUAAGGCUGACAGGAACUAGUGUUGAUUCAAACUUUCUCAUUUCAUUAUUCCUUUAUAUGUUAUUCUUUGUACUAACAAAACAGUUUAAUCCUGAAUAGUCAGGAAUUUCUUAACAAGCCUAUUAUGCACAGUCACAUGUUGUAUAAUAGUAAAGAUGUGUCUUUUUUAUUCAGUUAUUUAAAAAGAAGGUUAUAAUCAAUAAAAGACAAAGAAUGGGUAAAUGCCAUGAACAUCUACAUAUACUGUUAAAUAACAUAAACCUUGCAUAUUGGCCAUUCGAAUCUGAACAAUGUGAAAAACUGAUCAUGUGAAAAUACAACAUAUGAAAAGCCAUGUGAAAAGUUGAGAAGAUGGGUUUUUUUCUUGGAAUCUGUGAAUGAAGGACUGUAAAUGACUGACAUGCUGAUAUUGAAUAACCUGGGGACCCAAGUAGCCAAGAUUUGUGGCCAGCCAGCUCGGGCAGGAGCAUUGCUCCACACUAGCUCCAAGAUGGACAUCCCCAAUGGCAACAUUGUUACAAGCAGACGAAAGCUAUUGCCAGAGGUUUACUCCUUCUUCUCUGUUUCCACAGUGAGUUUCUACCAGGCCUAGUUCACCCACAUCCUUCCAGAUUUACCCCUAGCGCAGAAGUAUAUUACACUCUCUGUACAGCUGCCAAUAAAACAUCCACUUCGUACAAGUGUGUUGCCGAUUCCUAUGUAUAUUGUGUGUGUGUGACUCUAAACUUUACUCCAGUGGGUGGAUUUUUUUCUACUCUCACUGCUUUCCACGGGCUUGUGUUGCUUUGGGUUUGCUAACAUAAAUAAAUUUUAAAAAUGUU